AUGAAGAGGCGCUGCUUGGCUGCAGCUCAGAUGGACUGGGGUCACACAACUGUGGACAUUCUGAAGAUGCAGCAGCGAUAUGUGAGUGGCAGUCAGUUCUACCUGUCUAUUACAGAUGGCCUUUCCAGAGUGCGUCUGGUCAACGGUCCCAACAACUGCUCUGGUAGAGUGGAGGUGUUUGACUCUGGCCAGUGGGGUACAGUGUGUGAUGAUGGCUGGGAUCAGAGGGAUGCUCAGGUGAUGUGCAGAGAGUUGGGCUGUGGAGAAGCACUAGAGGCCUUUGGAUCUGCCAGGUUUGGAAAGGGUAGUGGCUCCAUCUCUUUGGAUGACUUGGCCUGUUCUGGCUCUGAAGACUCUUUGCUGCAGUGUCCCCACAGUGGCCUGGGUAACCAUGACUGUGGCCACCAUGAAGAUGCAGGAGUCACCUGCGCUGGUCCUACAGAGAACAACAGCAUUUUCAGAGUGCGUCUUGUCAAUGGUCCCAACAACUGCUCUGGUAGAGUAGAGGUGUUCCACUCUGGCCAGUGGGGUACAGUGUGUGAUGAUGACUGGGACCUGCUGGAUGCCAAGGUAGUGUGUAGAGCGCUGGGCUGUGGGGUGGCGCUGGAGGCCCCGGACCAGGCUCACUUUGGCCAAGGCAGGGGGGAGAUCUGGCUAAAGGAUGUGCAAUGUUCUGGGAAUGAAGGGUCACUGCUUGGCUGCAGCUCAGAUGGACUGAGGUCACACAACUGUGGACAUUCUGAGGAUGCAGCAGCGAUAUGUCAGGGACAGUCAGCUGACUUGACAGUGCGUCUAGUUGAUGGUCCUAACCGCUGCUCUGGCAGGGUGGAGGUCUACCAGGAUGGGAGUUGGGGGACAGUCUGUGAUGAUAACUGGGCUUUGCUAGAUGCCCAAGUUGUAUGUAGGGAGCUGAGCUGUGGACCAGCCACAGAGGCUCCUCACCAGGCUCACUUUGGUGAGGGGAGUGGCUCAAUCCUAUUGGAUGAUGUGGCGUGCAUGGGAAGUGAGGGAUCUUUACUGGAAUGCAGCUCAGGAGGGAUAGGAAACCAUGACUGUGGCCAUGAUGAAGAUGCCAGUUGGGGUACGGUGUGUGAUGAUAACUGGGACGUGAGUGCUGCUGACGUGGUCUGCAGACUGCUCCGCUGUAUGUGGGCGAUAGAUGCCCCCGUAUGGGCCUGGUUUGGUAUGGGAGAUGGUAUUCCCAUUCUUCUGGAUAACAUGGCCUGUGUUGGAACAGAGGAAUCUCUCUUUGACUGCACCUCUGAUGUGAAAGGUCAGUACAACUACAUGCAUCCUGAGGAUGCUAGCGUUGUCUGCUCAGCACUGUGA